AUGAGAUCGGCUGCUAAUAGAGGUUGGCAAACAGCUGCACUGGGGGUGUCGGGCGCGGGCCCCAGCGUGCGACCCAUGCGUGCAGGUAGCAUGGAGCCAGUGCCGCCCGUGCACACGCCAAUCUACGAGCACAAGAAGCACCGGCUGUCACGCCUGCUCGAUAAGCUGGCAGUCCAGCUGAAUAAUAAUAACAACUACCCCACUCCAUCUUGGCUCGUGCAUGACACUCCGCAAACAGAGCAUAACGAAGCUCCCUUGGACCUCAGCCUCAAGUCGCCUCGCGAGGGCACGGGGAUAUUCAGUUGCCACGCCUGUGCUCAGAGGCCCAUUGCCAUUUCUGUGCCCACCCUGAACACUCUUGCUCAGGCACAGAUUGUCUCUUCCUGCGAUGGCUGUAGCGUAAAGAAGAUAGGUAGAUACAAGAUCUUCAUCAGAAGCUUCACGGUUCCUGUCGCUCCGACCAUGGCCUUGACUAGAGCCGGACGCGAGAGGUCGCCGCCGCCGAUCACUGCCCUCUGA